AUGCUAUAUCUUCUCUAUUUUCAGCUAUAUUUUAUUUCUUCAAUAGCUGAGGGAAAUUAUGAUCAAUUCACCAACGAUUUGCAUAGAAAAUUGGCGAAGGCUGACGAAUUUGAGGAAACUCCAGGCCCGGCUAAUUUAAAUUAUUUUGCAAAACAGAUUUUCGAAGAUUUGCGACCAUUUCGUGGGGGGAUUGACCAAAAAUCGGUGAUCGGCGCGAUGGGAUACGGUGCUUUAUAUCAAAUUUUCAAUGGAUCAAUCUAUCGGACGCAUGCUUGCGUUUUCUCGGCCAGCAAGAAUCCAUUGGAAAACCUUGACAUUCUCUAUCCGGCAUGGGCAUUUUGGGAAGGAGGGCCAGCAAUUUCCACAUAUCCAAAAGGGAUUGGUGAUUGGGAUGAGACGAGAAAAAAGGUGUUAAGCUAUGCUGAUCGGCUUCCAUGGCACCAAAAGAGAAAUCAAACGUUUUUCCUUGGUUCAAGGACUUCGCCAAUUCGUGAUACUUUGGUUUUACUAUCAAGAAAAUCCCCCGAUCUCGUUGACGCUCAAUUCACUAAAAAUCAAGCGUACAAAGGACCGGAUGAUACCCUUGGCUAUCCACCAGCUGAAGAAAAACCCUUUGAAUAUAAUUGUCAUUACAAAUAUUUGGUAAAUUUUCGUGGAGUUGCGGCGAGUUUCCGUUACAAACACCUCCUCCUUUGCAAUUCGGUCAUUUUGAAUGUCGACGGGGGAAUGCUUGAGUUUUUCUACCAUAAAUUAAUCCCUUAUUACCAUUACAUUCCACUCGAAGUGAAUACGGAAGAAAAUUGGCGAAAAACGAUCAUUUUUCUCCAAAGCCAUGACGAGAUUGCGGAGAAAAUGGCUAAAAGAGCUCAAACUUGGAUCCGUUCAAAGCUCACCAACCGCGAUGUGACGAAUUAUUGGCGAAAAUUGUUGAGCGAGUACACGAAAUUGUUGAAAUACGAAGUGGAAUUGGACAAAUCAUUGCUGAAAAUUCAU